AUGACACCCUCAGUCGCUAUCUAUAAGCCUCCGGCCGAAGUAUUGGAUAGAAUCCUUAUGCUCCUGGCGGGCGAUGCGGACUGGAAGUUGGUGAGCAGGAGGAAGAUGCCUGUGACUACCCAACAGCUUGCGACCAGUUUUCCAGAGGGUGGCUUGAGAAAUAUGCUCAACUUUCGUCUGGUCUGUAGAAGGUUUAACGAUAUCUAUAAGCUUCGAUUCUGUCCAUCCCCCCCUAUCUUGAGACUGCCCAAGGAGUGCCUACGAAAUAUCUUGGAUUAUCUGAGUCCUGACCCAAGGGAUACCAACAACUUCAGGCUGGUGAAUAAGAGGUUCGAUGUUAUUUACAGGCUUCGCUUUCAUUCGAGCCCUGCUAUUUUUAAACUACCGGCCGAGGUUCUAGAUUAUAUCCUCGACUACGUUGCCCACAAACCAAGGGGCAUGGUAAAGAUCGAGAAUAGAAGCUCGCUCAGCUUAGAGAGCUUCGCCGAUAUUAAGACUCCAAAUGAGACAAAUCAGCUUAAAAACCUAAGACUGGUCUGUCGGAAGUUUGCGGAGCUGGGUCUUCAACGGUUGUUCGCACGCUUCACCACUAGAUUUUCCCUUGAAGGCUUCGAGGUGCUGCAAAAAAUUGCAGAACAACGACAUAUAGCAACCAAGGUCAAAAGAUUCACAUACAUGGUUCCUCGCUUCCAUCUCCAAGACAAAGCAGGUUUUGAAAGGCUCCUUCAACGGCAACACGCCGAAACAGAGAAUAAUUUGGGGAGACUGAAUCGAGAGUUGCAAAGAACCGAGCGCCCCCGGCUCGAAAGAUUGCAAUCAGAACAUACAACGAUGCAGAUCCGCGCCAGGAUUAAGCACAGUAGGCACCUUGAAAGUCGGAUUCUAGAGGCCAAGCAACGAGCCGAUAACCAGAACAGAAUUACAGAAGACGGAAUCGAUUCACGGGGGCUCUUAUUUGCAUUCAGGGUAUUCAGGGGCCUUGAGCAAAUAAGGUUAUUGCGGCUCGAGGAUGAGCAUGAUGCAAACUGGGCAAGGUUUUUAAGAGAUCGUCACCAAGCAAAAUUUAGCUGGACUCGGGCCUGUGAGCAAGCAGCGACGGCAUUGACUCUGGCGUUUUUACAAUCAAAUGCCAAGCUCAGGCGCUUCUCUUGCCGUUUCGUCGACCUUGGAGCACCAUUGUCGUUGACACGUAGCUCUAAACUUGCCAUAUCCAAAGUUGUGGAGCGAUUAGAAUGCUUAGAGUUACAACUGGUGAACGACUACCGGACAGACCUAGAUGAAGAGCUCACUCGGUUAUCAGAAUUUUGCAGAGGCGUUCUGAGUAGGACAAUCCUUCUGGUGGGGUUACAUAUUGGGUUUGGGCGCUACGUCUCAAUCCCGCUUGAAGAUAUUUUCCACAAGAUGAAGUGGUCAAACCUCAGAUAUAUUGGAAUACACAUGUGGUGCUUAAACGAGUGGGAGAUAAUCAGACUAUUACGUCGGCAUCCGAAUCUCAAGGCAGUACGUUUCAGAUACAUCCAACUCCGAUCUGGCAGUCGAUGGGACAAUGUCCUAAGAGUCAUCCGGCAUGAAUUUGAAAUGAAAUGGAUCAGUCUCUUCGGCAUCGGUUACGGCAGCCAAGAUCUAGGUGGGGUCGCUUUUAAUUAUGUGGACAGCGAUUCUGAUGAUAUGCAUUUGAGCGAUUCCGAAGAUGCGGAUGAGGAGACAGAGGAUGAAGCAGAGGCAUCGAGCUCAGCACAGGAUGCCAGCGAUUCUGAGGAUAUGGUCGAGAACCAGGAGGUCGAUGAAUGGGAAGACUCUGAAGGGAGCAAUGGCACCAAUAACGACGACGAAGCAAGUGAAGAUGAGCAAGGAAACCACAACGCAUUUAUUAGCGAUAGUGCGAUGGUGUACCAUUCAACAUUGCCGGAGCCACCUAUCACCGAUGUUUCCAGAGGUAUACUUGGUAAUUCCCCACAGUGCGACUGCUACGAAGACCUUGGUGACAAUGGGGCGACAGUACCCAGAUCUCAAUGGAAGAGGUGGGAGCAUUGGGCUGUCAGACGAUGUCCAAGGCAUAACUCCAGGCAGAGUGGCGAGGCGGUGCUGUCUUCGUAG